GAAAGACGUCUUCUGCAGCUAUCCACCAAGCAGUCGGCUUCUUCGAUGCCAGCUGUCUGAUGUAGUACGUGGAGUGCAGCUCCCUCGUCGUCUCGCGAACGCCACGAUCAUCUGAAGAGGCUUUCGGCCCGGCGGACCGCUUCUUGCAUAUAUCGUGGCAUAUAAACGACACACGCUACAAGCCUGUGCCAAGGUUAGACUCAUGCCCGGCUGGCGCUGCCUCCUUCUGCUGCUCAUCGGUGCAAGUGCCUGCACAGCGCGUGCGGCUGCCGCAACAACGGCGUCUGCACCACGGCCGACGUGCACCGUCGCACAUACACCCGGGGCGGACGACAGCCCCAGCAUCACCGCCGCCGUCACAGCCUGCAACUCAAACGCGACGAUCCUGUUCUCCGCAGGCGUGCAGUACAACAGCUUCACGCCGGUGCAGUUCGCGCUGGGGCAGGACGUGACUGUGCGCAUCCUAGGCAACAUCAGCCUCCCUGCGGACAUUGCACAGGUGCAGGCGGGCGUGCGCAGCGCGGCGUACCGCUCGGGCUGGUUCGCGGUGUCGUCCACCGGGCCUGGCGUGCGCUUCGCCGGGCCGGAUAAGAUCACAGGCGGCGGCGGAGGGGUCGUGCGGAGCUUCGGGCAGGCGUGGUGGGACGCGGGGCAGCAGACAUCGAGGCCCCUGCUGUUCCAGUGGCGAGCCAGCAACGGGACUAUUCGCGGGCUAACGAUCAGCAAGCCGAUUGGAAAGAGCUUCAAUAUUGCGGGGAGUGGGAAUUGGAUUGAGGACGUCGUUGUGGAUGCGCAGUCGAGCAGCACGGCGUUCCCGUUCAACACCGACGGUUUUGACGUCGGCGGAGACGGCAAUACCAUCCUCAACUCGCAGGUCUCGAACGGCGACGACUGCGUCGCCAUCGGCUCACCGUGCACGAAUCUGCACCUCAAGGGCCUCACGUGCAUUGGGUCCCACGGGAUAUCCGUGGCCGCGAAGGGUGGGGGGUCCGUCAACGUCGCGAACAUCCUCGUCGAAAAUGUCACGCUCUUGGAUGGGUUGUAUGGCGCGCGGUACAAAUCGACGAGUGGCAACCAGGGCCGUGCGAGCAACAUCGUGUACCGGAACGUCGUCGUGCGCAACAUCACGUUCCCCAUCUACGUCACUCAAAAUUACUUUGACCAGAGCCAGUCGCCACCCCCGCCGUCCAACCUCUCAGUCCAGAUCGAUGGAUUGACGUUCCAGGACUUUGCGGGCACAAUCAACUCGCUGAACCCAGGCGACGGCUCGUGCAUAUCGGAUCCGUGCUGGUACCACGUCGCCGGCGCAGACGGCACCCAGUCCAUCAUCUUCGACAGCCUCCACGCGGGGUCGGCGACUAACCUCUCGGCGACGGGGAUCGCAGUCGUACCGGACGCGCCGUCCGAGCGGCCGACGGUAAUGUACAACGCCAGCGUGACGCCGGGGGACGUCGGGUUCCGGUGCUGGGACGGGCCGUACAUCCCCACGUAUUCAAGUUGACGCCUCCUCUAUGAAUCACACGUGUCUCUAGUUCCACAAUUCUAGGAACGGCCCCGCGUGCGGUCGCGGGGGCUCAUCGGCCUGCAUCAUGACCAGAAAAUCGGACACCAGUCCGGCCGCCGCUCGGGAUGUAAUCUCGGCGAUGUCGUAUGCCGGGGCGACUUCCACGACGUCUGCCCCGCUGAGAAAACGAGUCAGUCAGUCAGCGCCGAUCUUGACCGUGGAAUCUCGCGUACACAAAGUUGAGCCCUGCCAGGCCGCGGAUGAUGCGCUUCAUCUCCCGUGUCGUCCAGCCACCGAUCUCGGGGGUGCCCGCUGCCCAGAAUGGUGAGCGCUAAGAAACACCGACUGAUGCAUGCACGUACUGGCGGGGGCCAUCCCCGGGUCGAUUGUGUCGAUGUCGAGGCUGUGGUACACCGGGGUGUUGCCGACGCGUUCCCUGAUCUUUCGGAUGACAGCCUCGAUCCCGUAGUCGUCCAGGUCCUCCGCCGAGAUCACGGCGAACCCGACUGCCUCGUCGUGCUCAAUAACCACCUUGCCCUGCUGCAUCCCUGUGAGCAGCCCUGGGACGGAAGGAGAGGGUGGGACUGACGCUCGACUUUUGGCGGAUCCCGCCGUGGAUGCUCGUGUUCGUGAGCAGGCCCUCCUCGUGCGCGAGCGUGAAGUACGAGCCGUGGCUGAUGCGCCCCGGGCCCUGGAUGUGCUCGACGGCCGCCGUGUCGUAGUGCGCGUCAAAGUGGAUCACCUGGGAGGACCAGCCGGGCUAUCAGUGGGUCGUCGAGCGGCUCGAUCUGAAGGCACUGACAGAGAUAGGCCCGUACACUUUGUAGAGCGCGCGGAGGAUCGGGAGGACCUGAGAACGUAAUGAUGCAGUCUGUGUGGAAUAGAACCCGCCGGAGACGACAUACGAUGGUGUGGUCCCCGCCAAGUGUGACGAUGCGCGGAUGCUCCUGGCCGUCUUUGGACAGCGCGGCCGUGCUGGCCUUGGUCUCCCCGCUGACCGGGCGCCCGAGGAGCGUACUGUACGCGACCUCCAUCUGGUCGAUCGCCAUUGCGUUGUCCAUCAUCGUCGUCGGCACCUGGCGAUCGGUUACCCAACCACACGGGCGGUAGCACUCAGACGAGGAGACGCACAUCGCCGCAAUCCAUGAUCCGUGCACCCCAGUCUAGCGCGCUGUGAUCCCACGCGAGCGUGUACCCGUUACUUCCGCUCCCGACGCGGAUGGCUUGCGGCCCGAAGCGCGCGCCGGGGCGGUACGACGUGGUCGUGUCGAACGGCAUCCCGAGGAGCGCGAUGUCGAACGCGCGUGACGCGUCCUCGAGGCACCGCGCGUACGGGAGGUGGUUGAAGCUCAGCGGGCCGGUGUAGCCUAGGUCGUCCUGCGCGCCGUAUUUCGUGAACCACGCCUCGGUCGAGACGUCCACGGGGGUCGCUGGCGCGGCAUGUGAGUGGGCGGAGAUCGAGGGCACGGUGAGCGACAAGAGCGCUGCGAGUGGAGCAAGCAUUGGAGACGAAGCUACAACGACGCGAUAACGGCCAGCGGCAUCUUAUGUGAAAGACUCCUGAUAAGAGUUCACUGCGCUAUCUGGCCGCGGCCGUGCUCUUCUCUGGAUGUGUUCACGUGCCUAUACGGCCUAUACGCAGCCACCGAUAAAUAUCUAAUCGAUAAGCUUGCUGUCUAGAUCGCCAUAGGGGUAUUCUUCUUUGUGAUUCAUCUUCAGGACCGUUUAUCGCACUUCAAGUAUUUAAGAAAAUCGAUUCAGGGCCGCAUAUACUCUAGCAACAGGUCCGAUUCCAGUCCAUGCGAUCACCGACGCUCUGACCGUCGGAAUGAAGCUAACGCUGUUCUGUGGAAAGUAUAUUGCAAUGAAUGAGAUUUGGAGCUCCAGAACAGGGGAACAGCGCGAACUGAAGCCCUGGUCGUCAUUGCGUCUCGGACUGUGUCUCCGUUGCUUGAAUUGGCAAGGCCAUGAUUCCAGCGUCCAGAGUCACUUCGAUACACUCGAAGCGACAAGGAGAAUGAGAGGAGCCCAGUACUAGUGCCUGCAGCAACCGUCCGGGUUUCCAUGCUUGCCCUUCCGUACUGCUGCUACCCUUCACUCAAAUCACACAGAUUUAACGCGGCCAUCGCCGCCGCUGGGUGAUGUCACGCGCCGUCAGACUACCUCGCUUUUACCGACCGUCAUUACCUGCAGUGUUUUUCGCCUGCCUUCGACGACGACGACGACGACGAAGAUGGCGGGUCAAUAUCCGCUGGCGGCUCUGACUGUCUUUUUCACCGUCUCUCUGUCCAUACCUGCCGUGCUGGCGAUUCAGCGUCUGCACCGCGGGGUUUCUAUCGAAAAGCCAGCCUCACAUCCCUUCCCGACCGCCUCUCCCUCCUCACCUUGUGUCGUUCUGUCCUCGCUACUUCGUGCUGUGAUCGAGUUGGCUACUCUCAGACGGUUGCCGUCCGAGGAAGAUCGACACGUUACGGAGGACCGCGACGAACAUCUGUCCUACGACGACGACGACGAAUCAGAAGUCGAAGUCGACGAGAACGUCGACUGCACGCGUGCCGCCGGCCCGUCGACCGACACCGCGGCUGCGCUCGCUCCGGUCCGUGGGAGCCUUGGCCGACGGGGGCCGCUGCAGGAUGCGACGCCCCCGCCGCCGCGCGACUUCGCGAUCGACUGGGACGACGUCUGGCCGGCGUGGACCCGGGAUCCGCGCAGCAGCCGUACCCGGCUGGUCUACGACACGUACUUUGACGCGUUCAGGAGCACGGUGGUGCACCCCGUGCGUCCUUCAUGCGGCGAAUCUGGCGCAGAUGCGGACGAGGGGAUGCUGGAGGCUAUCAUGCAAUUGGACGACGACGAGCUCGUCUCGGCGUUCCGCUCCCUCUCCCUCAGCUCUGACGAUCGUGGGGACGACGACGACUGUGCGGGCAACCCGUCUGCGACUCUCUCUCUGCCCGAAGAUCUCGUGGUCGGGCCUCCCGCGGGGCUCUCGCCGUUCUGCCCUCCCCCGGUCCCCAUUCCGUGCCCAGAACAGCCAGCUUCUGCGUGGCGGCUCGACUGGUACUGACUGCGUAUCACGCAUCACGCAUCCCACAUCCCUGGCUCUGCCCUCUCAUUCGCAUCACUUCGCACCACUCACUCUGCAUCCUUAUCACUCCGUAGCAUUCACUCACUGCCCUCCGUACAGUACUCCCCCUGCGGCCCUACCUGGCCCAGGUCGCCUUGUCCUCACUCUACAUUCCUUGCGCAUUUCGUUCCAUUGUUUUUGUUGCGCAAAAUCGCACGCAUCGCAUCGCAUGUAUUAGCUUAUCCACUGUAUAAUUGCCAUCCUGUCCUCUGUUUGUCCCGGUCCCGUACCUUGUGUUUCGGGGCUGAGGCUGAUCCCUAUGCUGUCCAGCGCACCGCGGGGGAUUUGCAGGGACUACUUAGCAGAUCCCUCCCAUUCAGGUUACGAUCCAGAUCGGCAUCGUGAACAAUCACAAGAGCAGCUGAACUCGCUGUGGUCAGGGGGAUGUAUUCCUCGAUCGUGAGACAUCGAUUCGAACGAGAUCCGAUCUGAGUUGUGAGGACAAGUGAGACACAACAAGGAGGCUUUCGCGUCUCGGCAGUGUGACCUGAGUCGUGAUCGUGACUGCACGCGCUACCACGUGCGCCAGAUUGGUCGAGGCUCCCAUCCACCCAUCCACCUUGCCUGAUUUACUAAGCGAGCGAGUAUGUCGUUUCCAAGAAGACAAAAUGUAAUACUCGAGGGGUGACAAGAGAGAGGAUAUUCCUGUGAUUACUCACGCUAUGAGGCAUGUUCCGACGAGUUGAAAGAGAAAGAGCGCGAGUUAUUGAGGCGCGCGCUACACUCAGCAGUACUGGUCGGUGGGUUUCUCGCCC